AUGUCUUCAAUAUUACGAUCAAGUCUUGCAAGUUCGAUAGUUGCUGAUGGCUCUUUGACAAAGCUGAUGGGUGGUGUAGCAUCAUCUAUACCAAUACAGCCUUCUUCCUCUCGUGUACUUCUAGUCAAUCGAAAUGUAGUCAACUACUUUAACAGGAAUAAUAAUAGUAGUAUUAAUAACUACAACAUCAGCAGCAGCAACAGUAAUAGAUAUAUCAACAACAAUAACAAUAACAACACAUAUUUAUUCAAUCAUAAACAACAACAAACAAAUAUACCAAACGUAUCACCAACGUCUAUAUCACAUCAACUACAACAACAACAACAACAAUCACCUUUUCACCAUAACUCACGUUAUCCUGCAACACCAUAUUCAACGAUAAUCAAUCAUAAUUCACAUCAAUCCAGGAUCAACGAACUAUUCAACACAAAGUACAACAGGUUCAAUCAUGCUAAUAGUAUCAUUGGACAACAAAGAUCAACAUCAACUACGACCAAAUCAUCGGUCUCAAUGGGCCAGCCUCUACAGACUGGACGAUCACAAUCUACAAUGUUUACAGCACCACAGUUCAUUAUUGUGCCCGCUGCCAAACGACACUUCCACUCCAACCUCCCCAACUACUUUGUCUUUUCAAAGACACUUCGACUGGUGCUGCCCUUUGCCAUGGGUGGCAUUCGUGAAUGGAUCCGACAGGGCAACAGUCUGCUUCGCUUCGCAUUCAUUUGCGUCGUAAUGUUUGGCAGUUGUGGACUCUACAUCUACUUCAAUCAAGAGUCGGCACCGAUCACUGGUCGCUCCAGGUUCAUCGGUGUCACUGUAGAGGAGGAGCGUGACAUCUCUGACAUGGGCUACGCAUCAGUCAUGGAGCUCUACGCCGACAGCAUCCUGCCAGACAACAACGUGCUCCAGAAUCAGGUCAGAUUAGUGGCCAAGUCGUUGAUCCCCUACUCGGGUAUCCAACUGCCAUGGGAGUGCCAUGUCAUCAACUCGCCAGAGGUCAACGCUUUCGUCCUGCCCAACGGCAAGAUCUUUGUCUUUACCGGUCUGUUUGAGAUUGUCCAGACAGAGGACGAGCUCGCAGCAGUCAUGUCACACGAGAUUGGUCAUGCCAUUGCCCGUCACUCGGCCGAGAGGAUGAGUCUUCUCAAGGUUGGCAUCGUCUUCCUCACGCUCACCAGAGGCCUGCUUGGCGACACCAUCACUGGAAAUGUAGCAACAAUGAUAACGACCUAUCUCUUGGAGUUGAGCUACUCGAGAAUGCAAGAGAUUGAAGCAGAUAUCAUUGGACUUGGCAUCCUAAAGAGUGCUGGCUACAACCUACAAGCAGCAAUCAGUGUCCAGGAGAAGUUGGCACAACUCAGUGACUCUGAGGAUGACAGCAAGAUAGUAUCAUUGUUGGCCACGCAUCCCAAAUGUUCAGACAGAGUCAGCAAGAUGAAGGAAUGGAUUACUGAGCAUGGUACUGAACCAAAUACAAUUACAAUCCAACAACACCAACACCACCACAAGCAUCAACAUCAUGUCAACAACAAAGCACUACCAUCUGCAACUCCAUCCAAGUUGCCAGUAGCAGCUGCUGCAGCAACAUCCUCCUCGAGCAAAGACUCUCUGUAA